GGUGCUUGCUCAGGCUUUUACCUGUUUUGGUGGGGGAAAAGAUUGCCAGUUCAUCUGAAAAUGAGGUUUCGCAAUUAAUACUGCAACUCAGACAAAUAGUAGAGCUUAUUUGUGCUCCUGCCAUUAACACUGGUCAAAUAGCAUGUUUAUCAGUCAUGAUAGAUGAAUAUAUAGAUACUCGAGCAAAGACUUUUCCAUGUCACCCUCUUAAACCAAAACAUCACUACAUGUGUCCUUAUCCUGAGCUCACUUAUUGGUUUGGUCCUCUCAUUCGGUUGUGGACGCUCCGUUUUGAGAGUAAGCACUCGUACUUUAAGCAGUGUGCAAGAAAAUUGCACAACUUCAAGAACCUGAGUGCUACAUUAGCAGAAAGACAUCAGCUUCUGCAAGCAUACUUAAAUGCAGGGAAUUUUUAUCCUGAAAGUUGUAUAGUGGAGAGAGGGACACAAUUUCAUAUAAAUUACUACAAUGAUGAAAUUAGAGGGUCAGUUGCUUACCUAAAUUUUCAGCCAGGAGACACGGUAGCAACCAAUGAAGUGACUAUAAAAAGAACACUUUACAAAAAGAACAUGCAUGUUGUUCUGGACAGAAAUGAUGAGGGUCUUGUAUUUGGGAAAAUUCAGUUGAUUCUCAUUCAUGGCAAUUCCAAUGUACAUUUUGUUACAAAGAAAUAUCAGUCUUUUUGCCUUGUGGACCAGGGAAUUCAGUGUUUGACAUCACAAAAUUUGGGUCACUUAUGCAUUAAUCAAAAUAACCUACCUGAUUACUAUCCUUUGCCUGAAUACUCCUUGUGUGGUCUGUCUGUAAUAGUUCUUCAUCAUUCUUUUCCAUUACUAGAAUGAUGUCUGAGUUACAAGAAGAAAUUAAACAAACUAUAUUGUCAGUAAUACCAAGCCUUCCUGAGAACCCACUCAAUCAAUUAGUUGAGAAACUUAUAGGCCUGGGAGUAGAGAGUUUUGAAGAUUUAAUGUAUGUGAAAGAAGAGGACAUCUUAGAGUUCAUACAGCCUAUCCAGUGCCGAAAACUGCUCAAUGCCUGGAAACAUCACGAACAAGAAAGCAGCAUUUUGGCUGAGGAAUUUGUUCAACCUAGCUCUCCUCAACAUUCACCACAAACAAGCUCCUCAGGCUCCUCAGUAAGUAGCAUGGGAUAUAGUGCAUCUUCUACCAGUGUGUCUCCUGUGUUUGUUACCUGGCCUGAAACCUUUCAAGUACCCUGGGACUCAAUGCCAACUGGUAUACAAAUGGCUAUUGCAAAAUGCCAGAGACUUUCACCUGCUGACCGAAGACAAAUGAUAAGGGUCCUUGCUGAUGAAAUAAGAAAACAUGAAUCAAAUCCCACUAGAUCACAAUGCCUUAUAGUUGUUCGCCAAAUAGUCAAGCAGUAUCCAAAGAGUUUUGCAGACAUGAUUGGUGACAAGCAGAUUGCAGGUGGAUACGCUUCUCUUCUGUCACAGCUCAAAGUGCGCAUAGAGCAUCUGAACCGGAACAACACACUAAGUCACCAUCAGAUCCAGAGUAAUGAGAGUUGAACCAUUAAAAAGAGAAGCACCACAGACUCCUAUGGUUGCACACGAUGGCAGCCUGAACUUCCAGCUGGUGAAAGUUAUGACAGCCUUGAAGUGAAGCGUCAAAGAAUGGAGGAGAUAUUUCUUCAUGAAGGAAGCACUGGAGCAGACAGAGGAGAAGUUUGUAAGUUGAUGGAGGAAACCUAUUGCUACCAGCGUCAAAUGAUAAAUGCCAUCCCAUCUCCUACCAUUGCCAAUUUGAAAACAAAAUGGCCGUACCUCUUCAUAUAGAGGUAUAUGUAUAGUCAUUUUGAACUACUCACUGACAGAAAUGUCCUCAGCCAUUUGGAAAUGUCAUUCAAAGAAUGUGGAAAACUCAUUACUGAGUAUUUUAAAACCAAGCCAACUAAUGCCAUUGUUCAGAAUGUCCUAACCAGGGGUGAAGAGGAUGUGGCUGCCUGUGUCUUGCAGCUACUCCUUGCACAUUUUGAGGAGAAAAUGGAUGGGCUCAUCCUUCAAGUAGAUGUGAGUUAAAUAUUUUCAAAAAUUAUAUGUAUGACUGCAUGUAUGACUUAUGUCUAACUGUUUGCAUGUUGCGUCUAUUUAUUUAUUUAUUUUACUUCAGGCAUUUGCAACUUCAACAGACAUCCAGGGAACACUCAACUUGCCUGGCAGUCC